CAUGGCCAUACAGCCUGCAAACCACAUAAUACACCAGUGAUUUUGCCCAUGAAAGCCUUCAACUAUACAAUAUCUUUUCCUGCUGGGUGGAACAGAUCUAUUCCACCUUUACCAGCUGAGUCAUAAAAAGUGUGCACUCUUUCAAUUUCUUUUCCAUUACAAACUCCUAACAUCUAGGGAUUAUAAAAAGUUCACAACCCACUCUACCAAUCCAGCACUGUCAGAUCAGAUUAAUAGCUUUUUAUUAAUGUAUGCCAGACUGUAGGGCAUGGAAGUCAAUCAUUAUGGAUAUUUUGCAACCAAAGACUUCACCAGUGACUAAUAUGCCACUAGUGCAAUUGCUCCAUUUGCAGAUCUUAGUGCAGGCUUCUUCUGUUAGCUUUGUCAUAUGCAGACAGUAAAGGUUGCUCCCAGAAACAUCCAGAUAUUCCAUUAAGCUUUUCUUCUGUUAUAUCUUUCUAGCUGGAUAUUGAUCCUUGAUUAAAUCUGACCUUCUCCUUAUGCAAUUAAUUCAAUAAAGAGCCACCUUUGAGCAUUUUUGUUCUAAAUCUACUUCGCAGGCUGUGCAAACAUUAGAGGUUAUGUCAAAUCUUUACCAUCUCAUGCUACAAAUAUUCUGCAUUGGCUCAUAUAGCUACACAGUUCAAGGUAAGCCUUUUUCAAGGCAGUCACCUUCUCUCCAAGAAAGGUCGUUUAUUUCAGAUCCAUUAAAGUAAUUAUUGAAGCAGCUGUUAGUGCAUUCCACUGUUGCCUUCAAAUCAUGCUAAGGAGCAUCACUGAUUCUUGAUUCAGUAUCCUUAUUCCUAUAACAGACCCAGGGUUCGUAGUUGUUAUAAAUGGGGCAAUAGGAGAAACACACUCUUAAGAGAUGUAGGGACUUCUAUAAGAUUUGGGAAGUCACAUUUGUUUAUUCAUUUGUUUAAUUACUUUAUAUCCCACCUUCAUUCAAAGUUGAAGCCUGGGAAUUUCCCUCCCCUCGAUAUUUUAAAUUGUUGGCAACUUCUGAGGAAAGUUGUUAUUGUUUGUACUGUCAAAGGCUUUCAUGGCUGGAAUCACUGGGUUACUGUGAGCCUUUUGGGAUGUAUGACCAUGUUCCAAAACAUGGCCAUAUAGCCCAAAAAACUAACAUCAACCCUUAUAAUUGCCCGUUGAUAUAUAUUUAUUGAAACAUGGUUUGAUUUCAGUUUUUCAAUUACCAAUGUAGAACAAAAUUACAGAAAUUGUAUCUUUGUUUGCUUCAUGACUUUGGAAACAUUUAUUCAAGCAUUGUCUUUAAAAAUCCUCCAUGAUGAUUCUCCAUUCAUCCUCAAGCUGAAGAUUCUACUGGCAUGGUGAGAAGAGGCAAAAUAUGAAGAAAAGUCAACUGUUUUCAUUUUGUUUGUAAUCAUUGCAAACCUCAAUACAUUCUUUUCCAGGAUGAGACAUGAAUAAUCCAUCUGAGAUGUACCUGAGUCAUGUAGGAUUCAGUCAAGCAUUACUUUAUGGAGAUAAAAGUCAAUGAUAGCAGGAGAGUCUUAGACUUUGUUCCCUGGACUGCUGGUUAGUGUCUCUUGCCUCUGGAUUAAUUAUUUAAACAAAGGACAGAAUAUGUCUCUUGGGAGUCAAAUUUAGGGAGUUUCUAGUCUUGUGUUGGAGACCACUGCAAUACAGAGAUUUCAAAAAGGUUCUGAACUCUUGGAAGGUUGAUAGCUAGCAGACUAUAUUAGAAGGCUUCUCAAAACACCUAUUGCUUUACAUAUUCAUUUUUAUUCCAGGGCAGAGGGAGAUUAUGUAAAACACUAUUAAGCAGAAGGCAGCAUAACAGUAGGUAUCUAAGCUCCAUUAACGUACUUCAGGAAAUACACAUCUACUUCUCAACAGCAAGUCAUGUUGAGCAAAUGUGUCAGAGAUAGAUAAAAUCUACACAAAAAAGAUCACAGGAUUAAUGGCCUAGAGGCCUUCAAAGUUGAAAGACACAGUUUCCCUACUUAGGAAAACUGAAUUUGGGUCUAGAACAACAAAGGCAUCUCUCCCCCGUUUGCUUAGAAAAAUUGUCUGGGAUUAGCUUUAUAUUGUAUAUAUCUACCACCAUAGUAUUUUGCAAUUUGAGAGCAAGGAGAGAUCAUACCUGGACUGAAAAUCAAGUACAAUGAUUGACUGUGGUUUUCCUUCCUUAUCUUAGAGAAUUUAUUUUUGUGUCAGGAGCGACUUGAGAAACUACGUCAUUUCUGGUGUGAGAGAAUUGGCUGUCUGCAAGGAUGUUGCCCAGGGGACACCUAGAUGUUUUGAUGUUUUAGAGAAAAAUAAUCUUUAGGUUUUAAGAAACAGCUAUAUUAACAAAAAAAAAACAAUUUCACAUUUAACAAACAGAGUUAUUUCUAGUACUUGAGAAAGCAGGGCUUGUCUAAACAAGCUUAAAUGCAACUGUAUUUGUCUCAAAACCAGUUUAGAGUUCAACUUAUUUUUCCAAGACAUGAUAGCUCUCCCCCCGCCAGCCUUCACCCAGCCACUUGGGUGCGGCUUGGGGCACCUUCUCUGCCAGGCCUGAAAGGGAGAGGCCUGAUGAGUAACCUGAAAGUAGAUAUUUGUUUUGUUUUGCUUUGUUUCACUCUACAGUGUGUUUAGAUAAAAUCACUGAGAGUUUGAACUGUCCCUAAGAGCAGGAAUGGGGUUUGUUAGCAGGAAGAAGCCAGAUGUGAGUCAUAUGCUUAGAACUGAGAUUGAGGAGGAAAGGAGGAAUUCAGACUCUUGCAAAUAAGCAAGGCGAGACUGUCUGGUGAAGACUAUUCGCUCAGAGGGGUUCUUCGGCGUAUAUAGAGGGGCUGCUGUGAACCUAACUCUUGUCACUCCUGAAAAAGCAAUCAAGUUGGCAGCCAAUGAUUUCUUCCGCCAGUUGCUCUCUCAGGAUGGAAAAGAACUGUCAUUAGUAAGGGAGAUGCUGGCUGGCUGUGGAGCUGGAACCUGCCAGGUGGUGGUCACUUCCCCAAUGGAAAUGCUGAAGAUUCAACUACAGGAUGCUGGAAGGCUAGCUGCUCACCAGCAAAAGGCCUUGGGACAGGACAGACUAUCUGCUGUGGCUGCUUCCCAUUCACCACCAGGUUUACACCACAGGCAACCUUAUGUCUCAGAGUCUGCCACAGCCUAUCAGCGCCCCUCCGCCACUGCGAUUGCCAGGGAUCUGCUGCGUACUCAGGGUCUAGCUGGCCUGUAUAAAGGGCUGGGGGCCACCCUGCUCAGGGAUGUGCCCUUUUCUGUGAUAUAUUUCCCACUCUUUGCCAAUAUCAACAAGUUGGGACAAGAGAACCUGGAAGAAAAAGCAUCUUUCUUACACUCAUUCGUCUCUGGCUGUGUGGCAGGAUCUGUGGCUGCCGUGGCAGUGACCCCACUGGAUGUUUUAAAAACACGCAUUCAAACUCUCAAGAAAGGGCUGGGAGAGGACACCUACAAUGGGAUCAUUGAUUGUGCCAGGAAAGUAUGGAUUCAUGAAGGUCCCACUGCUUUCAUGAAAGGGGCAACAUGUCGUGCACUGGUCAUAGCUCCCCUGUUUGGCAUAGCCCAAGGGGUCUAUUUCAUUGGUAUUGGAGAAUAUGUCAUGGAUUUUUUCAAAUAGCAUCAUCUCCAAAUGCUGCGCCUUUUCCGUUAAGACUGUCCAUGUUCAAUAGAACCGACUGAUGGAGGAGCAAAAGAACUCCCUUUGUAUAGCUGCAGGGUAACAAACUGCCGUCCAGGGUACUUCUGUCCAGGAAGAUUAUCUUCAAGAAACUCCACUUCCUAUGCAAUCCCCUCAUGUCAAGCCCUCUCCUCUAUAAGGGUGAGGAUGGCAUAGUUUUAAGGAAAAGAUACACAUUUUGCUUAUUGAACUUGCAUCUUUUCCUAAAAAUGCCCAUCCCCAUGCCUAUAAGAAAGAUAAUUCAGAAGAAAUAGAAAGGAAAUUCUAAUGAGGAUUCUAGUUCAAAGGGACAGCUGGAAUGGAAUUGGCCCAUGAAGGUUGUACUCUUCAUCAGUCCCUAUAUCCUUUUAAUAUAAGAAACUAGCAAGUGCUUUAUCAGAUUAAUGCUCUUGAACAAAAGAAAAGGGGACCCAAGUAUAUAUAAUGUGUACUGAUGUACCUAGAAAUUGUAUACUAUUUCUAUUAUGCUUUUGUUAGAACUUAUGGAGUCUUUGGGAUCUCUCUGAUCACCUCUAUAGCCAGCAGACUGAUUAAAAGGUUCUCUCUACAACCUCCA